ACGCAUCAUUUUUCAUUACAUAAGAAAUUGUUUAUUAUUAUUAUUUUCUAAAAUUUCUGCUAAAAAAUUGCUGCAAUGCCAGUUUCUGAUAUCAAAACAGGCCACAUUGAUGAUGUUCAAGAACUGAGAAAGAGUAAAUCAUCAUAUGUUCCUGAAAGAUUCAUCCGGGACAUGAAAGAACGGCCUAAAUUUGACAAAGAUAUCGUGUCUUCGACAAACAAUAUUCCAGUUGUUGAUUUAUCAAAACUCUUUAAAGGCAACAAAGACGAAUUCCUGAAUGAAAUCUUGAAGCUGACAGUUUCUUGUCAAGAAUGGGGCUUUUUUCAGGUGAUAAACCAUGGAAUUGACGUGGAAUUGCUGAAUAGUAUAGAGAAAGUGGCUAUGGAUUUUUUCAUGAUGCCUUUAGAGGAGAAACAGAAGUAUCCUAUGAUUCCUGGGACUGUACAAGGAUAUGGUCAGGCUUUUGUUUUCUCAGAAGACCAGAAGUUGGAUUGGUGCAACAUGUUUGCUCUUGGGUUGGAGCCUCACUACGUUAGGAACCCAAAAUUAUGGCCAACUAAGCCAUCAAAUUUCAGUGGAACAGUGGAGGAAUACUCGAGAGAGAUCCGAAAACUGUGCAAGAAUUUACUGAAGUACAUAGCGAUCAGUCUCGACCUGACUGACGACAUUUUCGAGGAAAUGUUUGGUGUGGCUGUGCAAGCAGUGAGAAUGAACUACUAUCCAGCAUGCCCUAGACCAGACCUUGUUUUGGGCUUAAGCCCCCAUUCAGAUGGAAGUGCCCUUACAGUUUUACAACAAGGAAAGGGAAACUCAGUAGGCCUUCAAAUACUAAAAGACAAUUCUUGGAUCCCAGUUCAGCCAAUUCCUAAUGCUCUAGUUAUCAAUAUUGGUGACACCAUUGAGGUUCUAACAAAUGGCAAAUACAAGAGUGUGGAGCAUAGAGCAGUGACUCACCAAGAAAAGGACAGAUUCUCAAUUGUCACAUUUUAUGCUCCGAGUUAUGAAAUAGAACUUGGACCAAUUCAAGAACUUGUGAAUAAAAACAACCCGUGCAAGUAUAGAAGAUACAACCAUGGAGAGUAUAGCAAGCACUAUGUCACUAACAAGCUUCAAGGCAAAAAGACCCUCGAUUUUGCGAAAAUCAAACCUGACUCAGGAUCCGAAUAUUAGAAUCGUUAUAUAUUUUUAGAUAUAGUUUUCUUGCGGAUAACUUUGUGCGAUGUAUUAUGUCGUGUCAAUAACAAUAAGUGACUUCUUAGAACUUCUAAAUAGUAUGUAGCAUGGUGCAAGUUGUAUGCAAUGAAUUAGUACUAUUAGGAUUUAUGAAGAAUGAUUGAUAUCCAACUCAAGACUGUUGGAAUUCAUUAGUAAAUGGAAGUUUGUGGGGUCUUAUGUUUACAACCUUUUUCUUAUCAAAAACAUAAAUCUGUUGGAAAAUGAUUUGUUUAAACAAUGAUCAUAUAUGUAAGAAUCCAACAUAAGUUUGUUACUUUUA